AAGUAAAAGAAGGCCGGCAACUUCACACGAAAACAAAAAAACAAAAUGAUUUUCUUGUUUAUAAUAACUGUGCAGUUCAGCAUUUUGAAUGCUAUGAAGCCAAACUUUAUUUUAAUGCUGAUGGAUGAUAUGGGAUGGGGUGAUCUAGGAGUAUUUGGAGAACCCAACGAAGAGACACCAUUCCUGGAUCAGAUGGCAGCGGAGGGCAUGCUGUUUCCUGACUUCUACUCUGCCAAUCCAUUAUGCUCACCAUCCAGGGCUGCACUUUUGACUGGACGUUUACCAAUAAGGAAUGGAUUCUACACUACGAAUGACCAUGCACGGAAUGCAUACACCCCACAGAAUAUUGUGGGUGGAAUUCCAGAUGAAGAAAUUUUGCUGCCAGAACUUCUUCAUAAAGCGGGAUAUCAGAAUAAGCUAGUUGGAAAAUGGCACUUGGGUCAACAGAAACAAUACUUACCUCUGCAGCAUGGGUUUGAUGAAUGGUUUGGAGCACCAAACUGCCAUUUUGGUCCCUAUGACAACGUCCACACUCCUAACAUUCCGGUAUAUAGGAACUCAGAAAUGAUAGGGAGAUAUUAUCAAGAUUAUAAAAUUGAAAAGAAUGGGGAAUCCAAUUUAACACAACUUUAUACGCAGGAGGCAAUAGAAUUUAUUACCAGGAUGCACAAUAAAUCCAAGCCAUUUUUCCUGUACUGGGCUGUAGAUGCUACUCAUGAACCAUUGUAUGCUUCCAAGUCUUUCCUGGGAACCAGUAAAAGAGGGCUGUAUGGGGAUGUUGUGAGAGAGCUAGAUUUUGCUGUGGGAAAAAUUCUGACCACAUUAAAGAAGCUAAAAAUAGCCAACAAUACUCUGGUCUUUUUCUCCUCUGACAAUGGUGGUGCUACAUAUGCCAAAGAACAUGGGGGCAGCAAUGGACCAUUUCUGUGUGGUAAGGAAACAACAUAUGAGGGAGGUAUGAGAGAACCCACAAUAGCUUGGUGGCCAGGGCACAUCAGACAGGGUCAGGUUUCAGCUCAGGUAGGCUCUUUAAUGGAUCUGUACUCCACGUUCGCAGAUUUUGCAGGCGUUGAUAAACCAAAGGACCGUGUCAUCGAUGGAAUCAGUCUUCGCGCUUCAUUGCUUAAUCACACAGAAGUCCAGAGACCAGUGUUUUACUACCGUGGAAAUCAAAUAAUGGCAGUAAGAAUGGGUAGCUAUAAAGCUCACCUGUGGACCUGGACAAAUUCAAUAGAAGAAUUUAACAAGGGUAUAAAUUUUUGCCCAGGACAAGAAAUUAAGGGUGUGACCACACAUAACCAAACUGACCACACCUCUCAGCCUCUUUUGUUUCAUAUUGGAAGGGAUCCUGGAGAGAGAUAUCCAAUCAGUGCCACUAACCCUGAAUAUAAAAAGGCAAUGCUUUUGUUAAUGAAAGAAAUACAGGAUCAUAUGACAAAGCUGGUGCCAGCCACUCCACAACUUAAUAUGUGUGACCAGGCAGUCAUGAACUGGGCUCCUGCUGGAUGUGCCAAAGGAAAGAACAAAUGUUACAAGGGACCCCCUUCUAAACCUUACAAGUGUAGCUGGCCACAUUAGCACUGUAUACUCGAUUCUCAUUAUAUGGCGGGUUUCAUUGUAUCGUGGUAUAUCACAAAA